AUGGCGCUGAAGGACGCCCUCGGGGAGGACUGGGCCCGCGACCGCGAGACCCACGUGUGCCUGAUCGGCCCCGCUGGGGACGCGCAGCUCGCCUGGGCACUGUACGAGGUGCUCACGGAGCAGCUCGCCCUGCGCCACGUCUCGGUCGCCAGCGGCGGCUUCGCGGCCGCCCGCGCGUGCGCCGUGCGGCUCGGGCUUGAGGCGCCGCCCGUGGGGGCCGGCGAGGCGCGCGGCGGGCAGCCCGCGGAGGGCGCCGAGGAGGUGGGCGGCGCCCUCGCGGGCCCGCCCGCGCUGCGCGACCGGCCCGGCAACUGGCCGGGUCACGUUGACAUGGGCGAGCUGCCAAGCUGGCCGCGGAAGGAGAUUUGCGCGAAGGAGGGCGCCUACUGGCAGUGCAUCGCCGUGGUGGUGCGUAGCCCCCAGGCGCAGACGGUCGGUGCCGCGCCCGCGGCGCUGGAGUGGGAGGGGUGCGCGAGCGUGCUCGCCGUCGUCGGCAAGCGCCUCGUGUGCGCGGAGGCCGGCGCGUCGAAGCAGGCUGCCGUGUACGCAGAGUUCGAGGUGUCGCGCGUGCUGAAGGUGACGUCCAAGAAGCAGGCGCCCGACGUCUUGAUCUUCUAUUUCCGCGAGGACGAGCGCGGCCAGGCGGCCGCGCGAGCGUCGCCCGGCGCGGGCGCGGCGGAGCCGGCCAUGGUGCUGCACUUCGAGAACGGCCCAGACGACGUCAAGGCGUUCAUCCAGGUCCUCAAGAGCUCCUACUCGACCGCGCUCCCGCAGCCCGUCAAGACGCAGGAAGCAGCCGCUCGCGGGCCCGCGCGGCCCGCCGUCGCGGCGGUCGCCGACCAGUCUCUGGACGAGGAGGAACCCGGCCCCCGCCCCUCGCCGCUCGGCGCCGGGCUCGCCGCAGGCGCUGCGGCGGUGUCAGGGCCAGGCCGCCGCGGCGCGGCGUAG